CCUGGGGCACCCCCCAGCCCCCCCUGUACUGCCCCCUGGGGCACCCCCAUAACCCCCUCAGUACCCCACAGCCCCCCCCACUGUACUGCCCCAGGGACCCCCAUGUCCCGAUUCCGUCAAAACUUUCUGCUACUUUCCAGCCCGAAUUGGCCCCAUUUAAGGAGGAGGAGGAGGUGGACAAGAUGAUGGAGCAGAAGAUGAAGGAGGAGCAGGAGCGGCGCCGGAAGAAGGAGAUGGAGGAGCGCAUGUCGCUGGAGGAGACCAAAGAGCAGAUCUCUAAGCUGGGGGAAAGGCUGCAGGCCUUGCAAGAGGAGAAGCACCAGCUUUUCCUGCAGCUGAAGAAGGUGCUGCAUGAGGAGGAGAAGCGCCGGCGCAAGGAGCAGAGCGACUUGACAACGCUGACGGCGGCAGCCUAUCAGCAGGGCAUGGUCGCGCACGCCGGGACCCACAUCCUCAACAUGCAGGGGAGCCCCGGGGGGCCCAGCCGGGCCGGGACGCUGAUCUCGGCCGACCGGAGCAAGCAGAUCUUCGCGCCCCCCGUGAUCACGACGCGGCACUUUGCCACCCAGCCCGGCUUCGCGCCCGGCACCCCGGAGCACGGCCAGUACCAGAGCGGGCAGGCCGGGCACGGCCCCUACGCCGUGGGGCAGGGCCAGCACUACGCCCCGGGCCAGGCCGGGCCCGUCAGCUACGCCGGCGGCCAGCCCAUCCGCGGCCCCUCGGGCUUCCCCGCCAUGCAGUACCUGUCGCAGCAGCCGCCGGGGUACGCGCUCCACGGGCACUUCCCCCCCGCCCAGCCAGGUUUCAUCCCCCCCAGCACAACCAUCCCCCUGCAGAAGCAACUGGAACACGCCAACCAGCAGUCCGGCUUCACCGACUCGGCGACCCUGCGCCCGAUGCACCCCCAGGCCCUGCACCCCAACCAGACCCUGCUGCCCAGCCCCCAGCUCCCCGUCCAGAUGCAGCCGGCCAGCAAGUCUGGCCUGGCCUCGCCCGGGAGCUUCCCGCACGGCUCCACCCCCCAGCAGCCCCACACGUCGGGCUUCCCCGCCAGCGGCCAGCCGGCCUCGCGGCACAGCUUCAUCCAGCCCGCCCCGGGCCAGCGCUUCUACCACAAGUGACCCCCGCCCGGCCCGGCCCGCGGGGCGCCCAGCUCUGGGGAG